AAUCCUCAGAGAAGAAGAAGAUGAUAUUGGGGCCCCGUCAAUCAUCAUUUAGAAUGCGCCAUUUUGGGGAGGAGUUCCAGCAAUUGAGCCAGAUUCCCAACUUAAUUGUGCUUUCAGAUGAAAACGGUGGAGUUGAUGAUGUGUUUUUUCCUUCCACGAAAACAAAGCUGGGAUUAACUGACUAACUAGUCUGGGUGUCAACUGUCUUCCAGCCUCUGUCCAGUACUAAGCCAAGGUUAAAUCGGACAGUUAAUUAGCAUUUUAAGUGGCUGAAAUGGGUCAUCUUGUUGCGAAGUUUGUUGUGGUACCUAACACAGCUUGAGCAUAAAUUACACCAUAGUGGAUUUUUAAUGAAGUGUGGACGGAUUUUCGAUUGAGGCUCACGUAACUCCAAACUCAGCUGUAAAUGAAGAUUGAGAAGUUGAUGCAUCUUUAUGAAAUCCAGUCCUCAAAUUUUCGUCGAAAAUUACUUCUAUUUUCAUUAUUGUUUCUAUCAUUGUACCCAUGGACUUCAUUGUCGAAAGUUAUAAGAUUGAAGAAACAAGGAAAGACAAUUCCUCAAAAAGAUUUGGAGACGUCGAAUCCAAAUACAAAAAAGAAGAUAGUACUUAUGCACAAUUUUUAUAGAGCGAGAGUAUCACCUCCAGCCGGUAACAUGCUAGAAAUGACUUGGCACAAAGGAGCCGAAGAAGCUGCGCAGAAAUGGGCAAAUGCUUGCCAAUUACUUAUUCACGAUAAACCUCUCAGCAGAUGGGUAAACGAUUACGGUUCUUGUGGCCAAAAUAUCUUCGUAUCACCUUCUCCAGUAGAUUGGAUGUUCGUGGCUAAAGCUUGGUAUAUGGAACAUCAGAAUUUUACUUACGGCAGUCGUAACAAUAAUUUGACUGAUGUAGGUCACUAUACACAGAUGGUUUGGUAUAAUAGUCAUCGAAUCGGUUGUGGUUUCAGAUAUUGUGAAAAAGAAGUAGUUCGUAAACCCUUUUACAACUAUGUAUGCAAUUACUGUCCUAUAGGUAAUGUUCCAAAGAAACUUGGUAAGCCAUACUCCAUAGGAAAACCAUGUGAUAAGUGUAAAGGUCAUUGUAAAUAUAAAAAAUUAUGUACUAACAGCUGUCCACAUUCCGAUUUCUGGGUGAAUUGUGAUGAUUUAAAUGCAAAUUUCCAUUCAUGGCUAUGUGAUGAUAAAGAAAGUCAAAGAUAUAAAGCUUGCCUUGCUACUUGUGAUUGCCAAAAUGCUAUACGGUGAUUUAUGACAUGAUUAUAGCAUCAUAUAUGCGUAUAAGAAGAUUUUUAAGAAUAGAAGAAGGAAGGUUGUCAUCAUUCCUGGGAAAAUGGCGAAACCGAAAAGAGAAAAUUCCAAAGAUGCAUUUUUUUGUAAAUGAGUUCACAAAAUAACAAAUUAUCGGAUUUUAUCCCUUUUUGCUAAUUAUAUAAACCUCAUUCUAUCGGCUAUUUGUAAUGAAAACAAAUAAGUUGGAGAGCUAAUGAUCAGCUGCUUUUAGCUCCACCUUGGAAAGUGAAUUUUGGAGGUCAGACUUCUACUAUUCUUCGUCUGCCCUUUUCUGAGUUUUGUGAGGAAAUAUCGAAACCAAUGUCAUAGAAGUAAAAUGUAAAUUUUGUGCGAAUUAUUCCACAAAAUCGCAAUUUUCAUUUUUUUCUUCCGAUUAUUCAAAACUCAUAUUGUUGUUGAACAAAAUAUAAUAAUGUAAUAUUCAAUAAAUGCUUUGAUUACAACCUAUCUCUUUGCUGUAAAACAAAAUUUAAACCAAUGGCUAUGUGCUGAAAAUUAUUUUGAAAAUCGGAUAAAUCCUGACCAUCUUCGGAAAAGCUUGUCGCAAUUAUCGGCAAAAUCGUAAUUAUCAUUUUCCGAUUAUUCAAAACUCAUAUUGUUUUUGAACAAAAUAUAAUAAUGUAGAAUUGAUAAAUGCAUUGAUUAUAACCUAUCUCUUUGCUGUAAAACAAAACUUAGACCAAUGGUUAUUUUGAAAAUCGGAUAAUCCUGACCAUCUUCGAAAAAACUUUUCGCAAUUAUCGGCAAAAUCAUAAUUGUAAUUUUUUUCGAUUAUUCAAAACACAUAUUGUUUUUGAACAAAAUAUAAUAAUGUAGAAUUGAAUAAAUGCAUUGAUUAUAACCUAUCUCUUUGCUGUAAAACAAAAUUUAGACCAAUGGUUAUUUUGAAAAUCGGAUAAUCCGGACCAUCUUCGGAAAAGCUUUUCGCAAUUAUCGGCAAAAUCAUAAUUAUAAUUUUUUUCGAUUAUUCAAAACACAUAUUGUUUUUGAACAAAAUAUAAUAAUGUAGAAUUGAAUGAAUGCAUUGAUUAUAACCUAUCUCGUUGCUGUAAAACAAAAUUUAGACCAAUGGUUAUUUUGAAAAUCGGAUAAUCUUGACCAUCUUCGGAAAAGCUUUUCGCAAUUAUCGGCAAAAUCAUAAUUAUAAUUUUUUUCGAUUAUUCAAAACACAUAUUGUUUUUGAACAAAAUAUAAUAAUGUAGAAUUGAAUGAAUGCAUUGAUUAUAACCUAUCUCUUUGCUGUAAAACAAAAUUUAGACCAAUGGUUGUGUGUUGAAAAUUAUUUUGAAAAUCGGGUAAAUCCUGAUUACGUUAGGAAAAUCUUGGGUUAACGUUAAGUUGGAUUUUCACAGCUAAAACUUCUGAAAGUGGUCUUAUCGAAUUGGGUCUUAGACACUAGGUACACAUAGGAAUUAUUUAUAGUUCUCAUUGCAUUCUGUAUUACACUAUUGCGUUUAUGUUUUAAUAAAUUGGCAUAAUGGUGGCCCAUUGAUAUUAAGUAUCUAAUCAACCUUUUUUUUCUUUGGUUGUAUUAAAAUAGAACUUUUAUGUCAAAGGUGAACUCGAUGAGCUAUCAAGCAAUCAUUAACAGCAAAUUCACAAAGGAAUUUUUUUUCAAAAUAACUAAUUAAAUAAAUAAAAUAAAAACACUAACAAUUCGCUUAAUAAAGCUUGAGGAUAUAGAAUAUCAAACACAGUAUAGUCUACUCACAAAACCACACAUAUCAGCAGAAUUGAAGACUAAAAUGUCUCUCCAAGUAAGAAUAAGAUAUCUCUCCAAGUAAGACUAAGAUAUCUCACCAAGAAUAAGAUAUCUCUCUUUUUAACAAAAUAAGAUAUAAACUAAAUAUAAAAUAUUGAACUAGAAUUCAUAAGAAUCAAAUAUGGGAAUAUGUUAUAAAAUUAUAGAGAAUUUCACUUCCUGUCGUCAUCGGUUGUAAGUUAAACAACAAUAAGCUAGUUGAGUUUUUUUUUUAAAACAAUUAUUGGGUAUACAGAUUUCUAACGUUUUUUUUUCCUGCUUUUUGUAUUGAAAAUAUCAUUUAUAAGUUGCAAAUGUGCUAACUGAUGUCAAUUUGAAUACUUUCUUUUGUACCAAAUAAAUAAUUGAAAGGUA